AUGCCCGUUCCCGUCGACCCCAGCGCCCUCCGCGUGCUCGUUACGGGAUACGGCCCAUUCCGCACCUUCAAGGUCAACCCUUCCUGGCUCGCGGUAAAGCCCCUCCACAACACCACCGCGUACACCUCCGGCCCAGCCCCGCGGCCCGUCCACAUCACCUCCCUCGAGGUGCCUACCUUGUAUGACGCCGUGCUCUCCCUCGUCCCCGGCCUGCACGCCCGCCCUCCCGUCGUACCUGCGCCCAGAGGCCCCGCGUCUGCUGUCGCACCCCCGCCUGCUGAUGGAUACGACUUCAUCCUGCACGUUGGCGUCAUGAGCCGCGCGGGCAACCCCAUCCGUCUCGAGCAGCUCGGCCACAAAUACGGCUAUGAUCAGGACGAUGCCGACGGCAAGUUCUGCCCCGUCGUGCACAAGGGUGACCCGCCCGUGCGCGGCUUCGGCAACGGCUACGAGGACUCCCCCGAAGAGUUGCUCACACCCAUCGACUGCCCUGCGCUACUCGAGCAUAUCAAGUCGACUGGCCAGGAGCACAUUGCUCUCUCGCUCGAUGCUGGCCGCUAUUUGUGCGACUUCAUCAAUUAUUGCUCCCUCGCCGAGUCCGAGCGCACUGCCACACACGCAAAGAAGUCCACGCCCGUGCUCUUCAUCCAUAUUCCACCGGUCAAUGAGCCCCUUAGCACGAAAGAGCCAAUUAGUUCAGUGAACCAGUGA